AGUCACGCCCACACUGACUCGACGCACAUGAUUAGGGGUGUUAACCUGCGAUGCGUUGCAGUGGCGUAGAGCUAAUCUAGCUACUGGAUGCUAACAAGUCUCUCUCUUUAUAUUGAGGAAAAAUACGAUAUCACAGUGGAAGACAGUUAGUCAGCCAAGUAUCGGACAAUAUACAUCGCAUCUUCACUGGAUUUACUGCGCGUGAGGAGAUUCAUCCUUGCAUUUGUGUGUAACGUUAGCUAGCCUGCUUGCUAGUUAGUUAACAUCCAGCUAGCCUGUCAGACGGGCUGUUUGAAAGUGUGGUGAAACCAGAUGAACAAGUUUGAACCCUUUCUGACCACCAAAUGAAAUCCUAAAUAUCUCCAGUCCCAGCCUUCAGACAGGCACAAUGGAGGAGUCAGAUGUGGAGCAGGUGACCCUGGCCCUGCUAGAUUCAGCCAAUGACAAGGACCCAGUGGUCAGGGAGCAGGUCAGGAAGUCCAUACUGACCCUGGGGAAGCUGCAGCCUAACAAGGUCCUGUCCAUGUGCCAGGACUACCUGGUCAAGCACCCCAAGCUUAUCGUUGGGCACAGAGUCGUCAUACUGCAGACUAUUGAGCUGAUUGUGAAGACCAAGAUAGACGAUAUCAGUUACGCGAAAAUCAAAAGCAUCAUUUCUUUGGCCUCCGAUGAAAUGACCCGAUCAAAGGAUGUUGUACCUGAUUGGCAACAGGCAGCCAGCAAUAUUCUGGUUGCUGUGGGAAACAAGUACAUCAAUGACAUCAUGGAGGAAAUCCUCAGCAAGUUCCAGCCAGGGAUCCUGCCUCAUUUUUUUGUGGUCCAAACAUUAUCAAGUCUCUCUGAAUCCAAUGUUUAUGGUAUGGUGCCGUUUCUCAAUGCCAUCUUGGGCACCAUGCUCCCAAUGCUGGGCAUGGCCAAGCAGGACAACAUGAAGUGGGUGUUCUCCUCUGCUCUGUCCCACUUCAGUGAGAGUAUCCUGGAGUACCUAGCCAACCUGGACAAAGCUCCCGACCCGACGGAGAAGGACACUUUCUCCAGUGAGAUCUACGCAGCCUACGACAUCCUCUACUGCAGCUGGCUCCAGAGCAGGGAAUCCAAGCUACGAUUAACGGUGGCAGAAGCAGUGGGAUCCAUGAGUCACCUGAUGGCCCAUGAUAAACUGGAGGAGCAGCUUCCCAAACUCAUUCCCACAAUCCUUUCCCUGUACAAGAAGAACACGGAGCAUUACGUCAUCAGUAAGAGCCUGUGUCAAGUUCUGGAUGCUUCUGUGAACAUGGGCAGCAGAGUUCUGGAGACGCAGAUCGACAGCCUGCUCACUACUCUAAACCAGCAGGUUUGUGCACCUGUUGACUACAGCAACCCACUGACGGUGAAGAAUCACAACGAGGUAUUGAGAUGCUUCAGCAUUCUAGCCAACACCUUCCCAGACCGGCUGGUCAUGUUUGUGCUUCAGAAACUGGAGAACAGUAAUGAGAGAAUCCGCAUGGGCUCCCUGUCUGUGCUCCGACACCUCAUCAACUCCUCCACAUCCAUUAUGGAGUCGAAGAAGCUUCUCAUCCUGGCCAGCAUCAGACAACCACUGGCUGACCACAGCAAUAAGGUUAAGAAGAGGGUUGUCCAGGUGAUCAGUGCCAUGGCUCACCAUGGUUACCUGGAGCUGGAGGGAGGAGACCUGCUGGUCAAGUUUAUCAUCCAACACUGUGCUCUCCCCGACACCUACUAUCGUCCAGGCCAGCGCCCCAGUGACCCAGAGGAAGUAACCAAUGAGGCGCUGCGGAGCAUGUGUGACAACACACUUCACCUCUUCACUACGACCGUGGGACGCCUGACUGACGUCCUGUGGCCCAUGCUGCUGUACUACCUGACCCCAGGUCAGUACUCCAACGCCACCGCACCGCUCUGUAAGAGCCUCACGCUGCUGGGAACCAAGAAGAGAGCCUCCCAGGAGCCCAACUUCAACAUCGACUUCAACGAGCAUGUUAAUCUUCCCUCCCCACAUAUACUGAUGGUGCGGCUCUUGGUGAAUGGUUCGUUCCCGUUCCGUAGUCGUGGCCAUGGUGCACCGUCUCUGUCUCUACUGAACGUUAUAAGUCCUAAUAUCCACCCCAACGCUGAGACACUCUGGGAGAAGGAGAUCCCUGCUCUCCUCAGCUACCUGGAAGAGUCUACCCCAGAAACACUAGACAACAAGAAAUGGGAAGAGAGUCUAUUACAGUUCCUAGCCAAGUCCCUGGUGGCCAUAGCUGAUGACAAGUGGAGCUGUCAGCUGGCUGUAGAGGCCACACGUUACCUGUCCACCUAUAACCAGUCCCUGGAAGAGAAGAGUUUCCUCUACAGGUGCAUUGGUGUGACUCUGCAGCACUGUUCCAAUAAGGAGGUGGUCCAGAAGCAGCUACAGGAGAUGCUGAUCAGUGCACGACACAACGACGCCAUCGAGAGAGCGGGUGUCGCCAUGGGGAUCGGGCUGUGUGCAAGCAGUCAUCUCGAUGCCACUCUGGCCAAACUGGACGACUUUGGGAAAUCUGACGCCUUCAAGAAAGCCUCAGGAAUAUUCAGCCUGCUCAAAGACAAGAAUGACUCGGAUGUAGAGAAGAUGAAGAGCACGCUGAUCCUGUGUUACGGUUACGUAGCGCUCCGCGCCCCAGAGGACCAGAUCCUGUCCCGCAUCGACUCAGACAUCCUCCGCAGCAUCAGUAAGCACUUCAACACCAAGGUUCUGGGAAUUAAAAUAGAGACCAAGGACCUGACCAUGAAGCUGAGUCUGAUUCAGAGUGUGGGCCUCAUAGCCAGGGCCAUCAGCACCGUCGUACGUAAUCAGGGCUACAUGUUCGUCCGCAAGCAGGAACUCAUGGGAGUCAUGAUGGAUUUUAUCAAGGCAGAACCCACGGAUGCCAUGCGGACUCCGGUUCGCCACCUUGUGAUGACCACGUGUGCCAACCUCAUUAACCUGGAGCCGGCGCUGACGGAGAAUGAGAACUUUGAUAUGCUGCGGACGUGUCUGAACGGUGUGUACGGCCUUCCCCCGGUGAACACUCCGGACAAGGACAGGGGAAAAGACGAGGAGGUGCUGGAGCCCCAACAGAGAGAGGCGUUAUACAAAGACACCUUCAAUGCUCUUCAGGAGUUGUUGAGGAAUAUUCUUGCAAGAGACCUGAGUCCAAACGGACUCCAGAGUGUUUUCAAGCACAUUGAGGAGUGGUUGAGUUCUGGUCAGGGUCAUGAGAGGGAGAGGGCGAUGAACACCACCGCUCACAUCCUAGAGUUCUACUUCAACAACCUCCACGUCAAAAACAUGGUAACCUUCCACAACCUGGGUUCUCUCCUGGGCCGCCUGGCCCCCCGAUGCACCGACCCCAACCCCCUGGUCCGCAGGGCAGCCAUCGACUGCAUCUACACCCUGCUCUACAUCCAGCUACGCUACGAAGGCUUCUCUCUGGACUAUAAAGAUGACUCUGUGGAGAGGCUGAUCACACUGAGGGAGAGCAUGGACAACCCAGACCACUCUGUCCUCUACAAGACCUGCUCCGAGCUGGCCAAGAUCAUCAGUAAGCGUCUGCCCCAGCAGCAGCUCAACACUCUGAUCUUCAUGUUGAUUGAGGGGCUGGUGGACUCCCAGUCUAACUGCUCCAGAGCCUCCAGUGUUCUACUCAACACCCUGCUGAAGAACAGAGGAGCUGGACUACAAGACCUGGUAUCAGAGAUGCUGGAGGUGCUUCACAUCCGUCUGCAGAUGAUCAGUGAGGAGCAGGUGAAGGUGUCUGUGGCCCAGUCCAUCCUCAUCCUGGCUACACAGCACCUCCAGACUGUCAUCAACACACUCAUCUCCUACCCCCUGCCCUUCGACAGUUGGAGCUGUGAGAUGUGGAUUGCCCUGGGGGCAGACAGUAAACUGGCCUCUCAGAUCAUGGAGAUGCUGAUGGAGAAGCUCAACAUCAUGGUGCCCUACGUGGACAAGAAGGAGUCCAUGAUGAGAGGAGGCCUCACCAAGGUGGCCACCAGUCACCCUCUAGCUAUGACCUGUGCCCUGAAGGAGAUGAUGCUGAACGGGCAGAGCCAGGAGGCGGUGGUGUCCCUGUUCCCCCAGCUCUUCAGCUCCCUGCUGGUCCGCCUGGGCUCCAGCGUGGGGGUCACACUACCCAAAGACAUCAACAGCUCCGGAACACACAGGAAGAGCCCCACCAAACUGUCCGCCGGCUUCGACGUGUGCGGGGUAGCGGUGGAGGCGCUGCGGAUCCUCCUGGCCCGGGCCCAGCUGGACCAUGUAGUUAAACCCCUGGACCAGGAGGGGGCCUGGGACAAGAUGAAGGACCCCCAGCAGCACAUCACCGGGGUCACCCUCCUCGCCAGGGCCAUGGCCAAACACGCAGGCCCUCGUCUCCCGGCCAUAGUGGAGUGUCUGUGCCCCUGUCUCAACAACAUCUACGAGUGUCAGAGGGUCACUAUCACAGCCUUCUUCUCUGAGUUGCUGAACCACCACGUGGUGACAGAGCUGAUGAUGAUGGAUGUCCUGAUGAACAACAUGAUGGAGCGUAUCUCUGACCCCUGCUGUACCGUCCGCAUGCUGGCCGUCAGGGGGCUGGGAAACAUCGCUGUGGGAUCACCUGAGAAGGUAAAUAAGUAUGCCAAGGAGCUGUUGGCUGCUAUGAGCUCUGGGAUGGAGGAGAAGGACGACCCUGGGAAACGCAUCACUCUGGAGGCCAUGUCUGGUCUGUCCAAGGUGCUCCUCUACCUGGACAAGAAGAACGUCCAGCUGCUGGUCGUCUACAUCUUCAUGAAGAUCAAACCCUUCCUGGAGAGUGAGAAUGAUGAGAUCCGCUGUGCCUCCAUCAUGCUCCUGGGGAACCUGUCUAAGUUUGGUUCCGGAGAGCCUGUGUUCAAAGACCAGAUCCACAACGUACUGGUCAGCCUGCUGCUGCACCUCAGUGACCCCAACCUGCAGGUGGUCAAGGCGUGUAAGUAUGCCAUGCGAGUGUGUGCUCCGGUGGUGGGCUCAGAGCUCAUCACCACUAUGUUCCAGAACCAUCUCCACGAGGACAAGAGUCUGCACUACGGAGAGUUCAUCAACGACCUCACCAAAUAUAUUAUUCAAGACUUCCCUGGCAUGCUCAACUUCUACCACAUCACUGUCAUCCAGUUCUUCAAAAGCAGCUGGGCCGAGGUUCGGGCCGGCGCUGCUAUGUUUAUCGGUUUCCUUCUGGGUAAUCUUCCUGAGGAAUUAUUUUCUCACAUCAACAUGGGGAGUGUGACCAAAGGUCUGGUCAUGCUGCUCCAGGACCCAGACCCAGUGGUGAGGGUCAAGGCAGCUGAAGCUAUGGGCCACUUCCAUUGAACAGACACAUCCUGCCUGCCAUUCAUUACUUCAUUAGCUGUUUUAGAGUUGUUCAUGUUACUGUUUUCUACAAAGAUGAUCUGGUACUUCACAUGUUGACAGUACAACUUGAAUUAGUCCUUGAAAGUAUGUAUUAGUGACCAAAGACUGUACCUCCAUGUAUAGAAGAACAUGCAUAGCACUUUGGAGCAGUAUUAUGAAAUCUGACACUUUUUGAAUUUGUCUUUUAGAAUGUUGACAGUGGGUUAGGUAAAUUGGCCAAAGGGCUUGACCUCCGCUGAGCUUCGUGUUUAGCUGAAUUCCAAAUCGAGCACUAUCCCCUCUUCCCUAGGCACUCCUGUAGACCUGAAGGGAUUAGAACGGUGUAGGCAAUAUGGUAGUUACUUCCUUGGCCUCCUGAUGGGAUUUGCCUACUGGAUGGAAUCUCCAUCAUAUUGGUUAUAGCCGUCUGUCCCUUUCAGGUCAGGAAAAGGGGCUUGCGGGGAGGGGCUAGGGGUUGAUCUCCAGCCUCCAUUCACACUAGUAUAGUAGAUCAACCCCUGAAACACACGUAGGGCUGGCACUAUUACCCUGUAACCCACGGUUAUGGAUGAAGACCGUAAAGAAAGUAACCUCCAUUACCGUAGAAAAUUAAUGUGUGCAGUUAAGUCCCUUUCUUCUGCAACAUGGACUCUUAACAUGAUUAAACUUUGUAAUGUAGAAUGUUCAUUCAAAUGAUGUUAACUGAUGUGGCUCAUGCAAUGGAAUAUAUUGCACUUUUUCUAAUGUCUAUUGAGUUGAAUCACCAAAUCACAGCACAUAUUUUACUUCCUGCUUUGGUCCUAUGGGUAGACUCGCAAUGGCUGCCAGUCCACCCAUUAUGCCAACGUUGAGUUGAACGGGGACUCCCGUUCUAUUCAUUCUGUUUCUAUGGCAGCACAUGCAGUCAGGAACGGGGACUCCCGUUCUAUUCAUUCUGUUUCUAUGGCAGCACAUGCAGUCAGGAACGGGGACUCCCGUUCUAUUCGUUCUGUUUCUAUGGCAGCACAUGCAGUCAGGAACAGAGGAGAAAUGUGCGUCUACAUUUAUUCAUUUGUAUUUAUUUUGCUAUUUGAACGGUUGUUACGGUGACAGCAGUCAUUUGGCUGUUACGGUGACAGCAGUCAUUUGGCUGUUACGGUGACAGCAGUCAUUUGGCUGACCAAAUUGCCGUUCUACAAAGCUCCAUGACCGUCCACAGCCCUCCACUCAAGGAUGAGCAGUUAUCAGCCACGUCCAAUGAGGCUGUCAUCGAGGAUGGCCCAAAACCAUCCCAUGUACCUGUUCUUACAGUUACUUCUGAGGCAGGAGGGAUUUCAGAGGCUCCAUUUAUUCUCGUGCUAGCAUUGUUUAACAACAGAACUGCAUCCUGAAACACUAUUGUAGCUAGUUCAGAAAAUGUCUUGUAGGAACAGGAGAUUACUCCUGACCACGAGACCUCACCAGGUGGGAAAACAGGCCCUAGUUAUACAUUGAGGGCCCGGAGUUUCUACUUGUCAGGUCAGGGAAAACGUCUGGAUCACUUUCAUUAGGACCUCGCACCGGAAAAUGAAUAUGGGAAGUUAGUCAGUCUUCUUCCUUUUGGUGCCUAAAUGAAUGUGACCCCUAGUCUUUAUCUGUUCUUCUUUACCCCAGGUACAACAUGUACGCAACCAGGCACUCCCGUGGAGUUGCCACAGUGCCAAAUAAUCAGACCUGGAUUUAAAUACUAUUUGAUUUAUUUCAAAAAUAGUGUGGUUUACUUUAACCUGCCAGAGGGGCAGGGUUGACAGUUUAGCCAGCACUUUUCUAUUGGAUCCAUAGUGCCAGCAGGCAAGCAGAAUUAAGAACACCUAAUGUACUUAAUGAUUUCAAAUAGUAUUUGAACCCAUAUCUACAAAUAAUAGUUUUACUGGGUAGCUGCAUUAAGAUGGACACAACCUUUUCUUUCUUUUCACAUCGCUCCUAGUCUUCUCACACUCUUUCUCUUAAAAGAUGCACUUCACUUUUCCACUCCUGUCCGUUUCAUGUGAUUGGGUUAGGGUACUGAUUAUAACAGGUUGAGGUCUUAAGAGAUGACAUUCCUGUCGAGGUUUUACGUUGCACUACUUAAUCAGUCUGUCAUUGUACACAGUGAAUGACACAUCCACAUGUUUUUGUUGUGUUACUGAUGGAGAGAUAUUUUACUGUGGUAAAGUGCAGUAUAGGCGCUAUUUAAUGUGUUGCCUACAUUGGGUAAAAGUCCUGGUCCUAAAGUACAGCUGGAUUGGACCUGUGUGUCUGUCAGUGUCUGGGGUGUUUGUGGGGUGUUGAAGGGUUACUGGGGAUGAUGGCUGUUCUGUUGGACCAUUCUUUGUUAAUGUAAUAUUUUAAUGUGACAUCCUUCAAUAAUUGACAUGGAAAAGUAUUAUGUAUGCACACUGUGUCCAUUUGAAAUGGAAACAGGCCUAUGACGUUGAUGGAAAUCAUAUUUUAUUUACAAAAUAAAGUGACGAUCCCUAGAAAAAUAA